AUGAAAUUCAGUUUAACAAAAUCAUAUGAUGAAAAUGAAAAUGUCCCAUUUAAGAGAUCCAUAGAAAAACUUUAAAUUAAACCAGAAAGUCAUGUCCAAUUUUGCAACUUUGAUUGGAUUGCCAUAUAAAAAGACUCUGAUAUUACGCUCUACAAAGAAGGACUGCAAGAUGCUACUGAAAUUGACCUCACUUAAUUGUUUGGUAAAAAUCAAAGCGGCAAAGUUUAAAUUUACUUUUUCAAAUUUGCAAAUGAAUAAUUUGAUCAAAAGCAAAUGAUCCUAAUUGGAAACAAUUUCAUAAUUGGCUAUGACGUGAUAGAAUAAUAAAAAACUUGCAAAAUUUAGAUGAAUGAUGAUUAUAGACUUAGAAGAAAAUUGCAAUUUUAAGAGGUUCAAAUACUUGAACAGGACCAAACUUUGUAUAUACUGACUGACCAUUUUGACUUAAUCACAUUGAACCUAUCCAACAAAGAAAAUCGAUUCAAUCACUAAACUUUAUAAAAAAGAGGGAGCUUUAUAUCUAACCUAUUGUUUUAAAAUAACUUAGACUUUUAUAUCAAAGGGGCUAACUUUAAGUUCUCAGUCUUUGAAGACACACUCCUUAUCAUAUAAUAAACAUAGUCGAAUCAGAUAAAAUUAUAUUAAUGUAGUUUGAACCCAUAUAAUUUGAUUACUCAAACUCAACGGGAUUUUGUUUGUGAAGUCUCCAACUCAAGCUACUAAGUGAAUAUUAACAAUUUUCAUUUAUCAAGGACUUCCAAAGGAAUUAUUUGGAAACUUUUUGCUAUCAUAGAAAACAAAGAUUAAUUUGAUUCAUUCAGCCAACUUAAAUUGAUUACAAAAGAGAUUGAAUUUAUUGAUUAAAGGCCUGACUAAUCCAAUUUAGAUAAAUUAAUAUAUGAAGAUUUGAAUGAAUUGCAAUUGCAAGGCAAUAAAAUUAGGUCUUAUUUCUUUUAAAAUGAUUCCGAUCUAACUGUCCUCUACUCAGUCUUGGAUACUAAUUAUUAUCAUAACAACUUAUCUUAAUCCCUUAAAGAACAUAAACUAUUCAAUGGAAAUCUAUAAGGUGUAGGACUUUCAAUAAAUAAUGGAUUAUCUUAAUUGAAAGUGUGUUCCAAUGGGAAAAUAUAUAUCCUAUAAGAAAAUUACCAUGAACGCCCUGAGCAAUUAGUCACUCAUUUUUAAGGAAGAUGUAUGCAUGAAAUCAUUUUUAAUUUAUUAAAGGAAGGCUAUAAAGAUUUCAUUGAUCAUUCAAAUAGUAACUCGGCUUUCUUGAAAUUAGAGUUUUAGGCAUUUUCAGAAUAAAUAAUUUGUUAAGUAAUAAACCAAAUUGUUUGGGAUUUCAUGGAAACUCCUAUUUCUAAAUAUUCAGAUAUCAAAACUUAAUUGAAGGAAAACUAUAAAAAUUUAGAGCUCUGGAAAAAAUACACAAAAACUAUAGUUAAAAAUCAAUAAAUUAUCUUAAAUUUAAUCAGGUCAAAGAUUUGCUUAAAAAUUGGUGAGUACAUUAAAUAAAAUGAAAAUAGCUUAAAGUAAUUAAUAUAGGAAUGCUUAAAUAAAUGGUUAGUGUUUACUUAGUAUGAAUAAUAAUUUUAUUCCAAAUUGGAAGAUCUUCCAACAAUAAUUGAAUAACUAAUGGGGCUCUAGGGUUAAGAACAGCAUUUAUUUAAAAUUUUGAUGAUUAUUUACACUGAUAUUAAUGAAGAGAUGGAAUUCAAUAAGAUUUAAUUCCCUAAAUUUUGGACUAAUGAACCAGAAUGGUUAAAUUUAGUCAUUUAGGCCUUGUCUAAAUUGAGUUAAAUACAAAAAAAUGAAUUCUUUUCAUUGUUUAAAUUUCUCAUUACUGACAUAUCAAUAGUGUUUAAGUUUGAAAGAAAAAUAUCUCCUUUAUAAUUUCAGGUAAUUCAACAAUUCUCUAAUUAAAUUUCAGAAGAAUAAUUUUAGGAUAUUUUAAUAAAAAAUUAAUUAUAUGAUAUUUUGUUUUAAUGCUAUUUGUAAACUAGUUUAAGAUUAGACAUGGUAUUUGAUUUAAUUUCUAAAGAUGAAAAAUUGUGUUAAAAUUUUAUUGAUUUAUGUUUUGACCAUGAGAAAAAUUUAAAUUAUUAGGAUUAAAUUGAUUAACAUGACGAAAAUAAAUUCUUACAUUAAAAUCAACCAAAAAGAUUUUAUUAGAUUCUAGAUUAGAUUGAAGAAAUGAAAUGUGUUGAUUAAGUAUUAAAAUGUGUAAAAAAAUAUCCAAAACUUUAUAAUAUACUUUUAAUUCGAUCAAUGAGAUUGGAAGAGAUUCAAGAUUUUGCAGCUUUAUAAUAAGGAAAUGAUCCAAAUGCUAAAUACUACAGAUUCCUAGUCGAUAGAGGAUAAUAUAUUGUUGAUAAAUAAAGAUAAUAAUAAAUAGAUAUUGAAUAAUGA